CAAAUUGAAUAUGAACUCGUAAUGUAGCCAAACAAUGAGAGAGGAAGAGAUUAGAUAUUGACGGUUAGCUAUAUUGAGAUUGACUAUUUUGAUUCACAAGAAACUGAAAUAUAUAUAUAUAUAUAUAUAUAUAUAUAUAUAUAUAGAAAAUUAGAAAAGUUCUAUAUUUUAUUCAUAAUUAUUUAAAUACCAAAUUCAAAUCUACAAAGUUCUUCAAAUUCAAAUUCAAUUUCUUCUUCGUUAAUCAUCUCUUCCAUUUCUUUCUCACUAAGAUUCGCACCACAUUUUUCUUGAACGAAUUGGAAUUUUGGUUUUCUGAUAUCCGCAAAAUCAACGGAUCUCAUGGAGGCAAAGAUUGGCAAAUUGUUCGAAUCCGUUUGUUCGUUCUUCGGCGGUGGCGACCAAAUCCCUUGGUGUGAUCGUGAUGUUAUCGCUGGGUGUGAAAGAGAAGUUGCAGAGGCCGAUGAAAGUGCCUCGGAAGAACGCAAGAAUGAAAGUAUUAUGAGGUUAUCAUGGGCACUAGUUCACUCAAGGCAAUCUGAGGAUAUCAAUCGUGGCAUAGCAAUGCUUGAAGCUUCCUUAACCAUUUCUAGGACCCCUUUGCAACAGAGGGAGAAACUUUAUUUGCUGGCUGUUGGAUAUUACAGAAGUGGUGAAUAUGCAAGGAGUCGGCAGCUUGUAGAACAAUGUUUAGAGAUUGCACCUGAUUGGAGGCAAGCCUUAACACUUAAAAAGACUGUAGAAGAUAAAAUUGCAAAAGAUGGAGUCAUCGGUAUCGGCAUUACAGCUACAGCGGUGGGACUUAUAGCUGCCGGGAUUGCAGCAGCAGCAAGUCGUAGAAAUUGAAAUAUCUAUUCAAUACAUGCACAAGUCAAGUGCUUGGCCAUGAGAAGAAUCUUUAACAAAACCAAAAUAUUGUUGAAAGCAAAUAUCUCAUAUAGUUGUGCAUUAUAAGAAUUUUUAAUUUCAACACUAGAAAUCUUAUUGUGUCUUCUUUUGCUCAUUUAUUUUUCUUUUGUAUGAAAAAUAAGUUUACUAGUUCACCUA